AUGGCAUUUAAUACCACUGGGUCACUUACUUCUCUAUGGUCAAAUUCUGCGCAAUUACUGUGCAUUGCAACUACUGCCAAGGACGUCGAAGUACGCCAAGGUUGUGCAUGGACGGCAGCCAACAAGCUGGUCAAAAUCUGGAAAUCUAGCCUAUCAAGAUCACUACAGAUUAAGUUCUUCAAAGCAACUGUGGAAACACAUGUCCUCCUCUAUGGCGCAGAAUCAUGGACAUUAAAUAAAACUCUGGAAAAACGUCUAGUCGGAUGUUAUACACGUUUUCUACAUCAUGCUCUCAACAUUAGCUGGAGACAGCAUAUAAACAGGCAGCUCUAUGGAGAACUUCCUAAAAUAACCUCGGUCAUUAGUGAUCGGAGAUUGAGAUUUGCUGGACACUGUCACCGAGCCAAAGAAGAAAUAAUCAGGGAUGUGUUGUUCUAG